AUGUCUGCCUCAUCAAGUCCGGCCGAUAAGGGGGGGCUUAACCUCCUGCAGGUGUCUAAUAAUUUUCAAUCCUCGUCAGUUGCUACUGCUAGUGAUUCGCUACGUAAAGAAAACGCCAUCCUCUCUCCGAACUCGCCUUCGGAAACUACUGCGGCUGUUGUCACGAUUGCUACUGUGCCUAAAGAUUCCUAUGCAAAGGUCACGACUCCUCAACGUCUCAAAAAACCAGAUCUUCCCGCGCAUAAAUUUCAGGCACUCCGCCCGAUCACUCAUGGUGAUAGCGGAAUUCUCAGGGUCCCAAGUGAUCUGCAACUUUUCCAAGCAAACAAGUUUCAGCAUGCACUGAUUGGAAGAUUAUUGCUGAAUAAAGGAGAGAAACCGCGAACUACGCGUGAUCUCAAAGCUGAACUUCAAUCUCUUUGGGCGAUUAAAUCUCCUUGGUUUUUAAUGCCUAUGGGAAAAGGCUAUUAUACGUUAAAAUUCACCACUCCAGAGGACAAAGCCACAGCAAAAGCUCAUGUCAUAUGGGAUUUGGCGGCUGGCUCCAUACGACUGCGUGACUGGGUUCGCUAUUUUAACCCUUAUAAGGAAUCGUCCUCUCUAGCUCAGGUUUGGGUGAGAAUUUAUUAUCUCCCGGUGGAAUUUUGGCAUCCGGAAGUUCUUACAGGGAUUGGUCAUUGGCUUGGGCAACCGCUGAAAAUUGAUGGCAACUCGUUGAAUGAUGAGGUUGCCCACUUUGCGCGUAUUCUGGUGGAAAUUGACUUGGCUAAGACGUUACCGGAGAAUUUCAUUAUUGAUGGGGGUGACUAUUCUUUUAAGAUUGAAUUCUGUUAUGAAUAUCUUCCUCUCUUUUGCACUAGGUGCAAAAUUACCGGACAUUCGGCCGAUAAGUGUCGUAAGGGAAGAAAGGAAAAGCAGCCGAUCGAGGAGGUGCCAGUCAGUAAAGAGCCGGAAUGGCAGCCAAUCAAACAUGGGGCGACGAACGUAGAAGCUGCGAAGCAAAAUUCUGAUGAUGAAGGUGCUAAACACAAUGAACUCUCUGGUCCUGAUUUGCUGGAUUUAGUUACUAAAAAAGGGAGUCAUCAAACUGAUAACCGCUUUGAGGUCUUGGAGAAUUUGGAGAUGCAGGAAAACAUAAAUACGGAACAGGUAAUUGGAUCAUCAUCUAGCAAUUCUGGGAAGAGAUUGGAGGAUAGAAUAAGCUCGCCGGAGCAAACUUCGCAGAGGCUGGAGGAUGCUGGUAAGUCUAAUGAGUGCAUGGGCGGCCGUGUCUCUUUAGACAACAUUGAAAAGGAAAAACUGACGUUGGAGUUGGAUGGAGCCAGAAAUCCGAGCCAGCAAGAUGCUCCUAACAAACAGCUGACGGAGGAACGGGCGACACCUUCUUUGAAUCAGAAAGAUGAGACACAGCAGGUGCUCUCGGUUACUGAUAAAAAACUCAUUGCUCUGGAGAAUGACCAGAAAGUGCAGAGGCUGAAACAACAUAUAACUAAGGAACAAGCGGUGUCAAUGCAUGUGACUCAGGAACUUUCCGAUUUGCCGAAACGGGGUCGAGGAAGGCCUACCAAACAAGAUCAGGCAGCACGUAAUCAUAAUAAAGCCUUGUUACAGCAGCAAGAAAAUAUCAAAAGCAGGCUUCGAAAGUCGGUGGAGUCGGGGCAUAAACCGAGAGACUAUAUCAUAGAUUAUAGCAAUACGGAUAACUUUUGUACAAUGGAUAAUAUUGCUACUAAGAAGUGGGCUGAUGAAGUGGAGCUGGGGGGAGCCCAGUCCAGGAAUACUCUUUAA